AAUUUUUAAUUUCCACAAAAUAAGUUGAAAAAAUUUUUAAAAAUAUUAAUUGCCGCUUCAAAUUCCCCUUUAAAAAUAAAAUAAAAUUCUGUAGAGGCUUUGGACAUGUGCUUCAAUGAUAUCCUCACCCCACGGAAACUAGAUGCCAUGGGCUUCCCGCUGCAAGGGUUUCGUCCGCUUCGCCAUUUUCACUAUCUUCGUUAUCGUUAUCAUUAUCAUCAUCUAGGGUUAGGGUUCGUGUUGGAUCGGUGAAGUGUCAGGCUGUCGGAGAAAGCUCUCAGAACUCUUUCGGUCGGGUGGUUUAUCAGGGAGCUUAUGGUCCUUGGAGUGUCGAACCCUCUGACGUUCGAGAGGAUCAGGGCUUGUGACUGCUGCUGUAUCGUCUGUGGCUGCUGGUUCAACUGCCUUUUUAUCUGAAGGUUCUUCAUUAAGAGAUAUAAUCAGGCAAAAUCUUGAUCUGUUUUAUACACUGGGAGCCCGUGGAUUAGGCUUAUCACUAUUUUUGAUUCCCAUCUAUGUAACUGAGAUUAAGCACACCCUUCAAGCAUUAUGGGCACUUGGUGUCGUUGGAUCCUUUGCGACAUAAGCAGGCCUCGCUCAACCAGCUGGAAUGAACUUGGUACAGUUUGUUGUUGAUAACCCCACAUGUGUGUGGUUUGUUGGUCCCCUAUUUGCGUCGCUGACUGGACUUGUCUUCAAGGAAGGACUUUGUUAUGGAAAGUUGGAAGCUGGUCUUCUUGCAUUCGUUAUACCCCCAAUUCUUUUGGGGCACCAGGUAAUAUUAUGCCGACCAGGGCUUGUGACUGCUGCUGUAUCGUUUGUGGCUGCUGCUUCAACUGCCUUUUUACCUGAAGGUUCUUCAUUAAGAGAUAUAAUCAAGCAAAAUCUUGAUCUGUUUUAUACACUGGGUGCCAGUGGAUUAGGCUUAUCACUAUUUUUGAUUCACAUCUAUGUAACUGAGAUUAAGCACACCCUUCAAGCAAUAUGGGCACUUGGUGUCGUUGGAUCCUUUGCGACAUAUGCAAGCCUCGCUCAACCAGCUGGCAUGAACUUGGUACAGUUUGUUGUUGAUAACCCCACAUGUGUGUGGUUUGUUGGUCCUGUAUUUGCGGAACUUACUGGACUUGUCUUCAAGGAAGGCCUUUGUUAUGGAAAGUUGGAAGCUGGUCUUCUUGCAUUCGUCAUACCCUCAUUUCUUUUGGGGCACCUGACUGGUGUAAUGGAUAAUGGUGUAGAACUUACGCUGCUGGGUCUGUGGAUGGUCCUCUUUGGGGUGUUUGCAGGAAGGAAGUUCACGCAGCCUAUUAAGGAUGACAUUGGUGAUAAAUAUGUCUUCAUAUUUAAUGCACUUCCGGAUGAGGAGAAAAAACCUUUGAUCGAGAAACUCGAGCAAUAGAAGUUCAAUCAGAAUCUUUAUUAGGAUUUUGUCAAUUCUCUCGGUUAUAUACAGAUGGAAGGUAUUCAUUGUAAACCCUCUUGGCAGCUCCUUUUUAUCAAGUUGGGUCUUCUUAUAUAUAUAUAUAUAUAUUAAAUAUGGGAUCAAGGAUAUUUGCUUUAUGCCUCUUGUAAAAAGAUAAGGUAAAACUACAUAGUACAGACCCAUUAUGGUCUGCCUCCUUCCUCGGAUCUUGCAUACGUGGGAGCUUUGUGCACCAUGCUGCCAUUUUUUAAAAUUUUGAAUAGAAGAUGAGGAUGGAGAUGAGGA